GGCUGCUCCUCAGUGUCGCACCAGCAGUAGCUACAGCAACAACAAAAACAACGACGGCAACACCUACUCACUGUUCUCGUCCAAAGACAAUCGAAAUACUAAAGAAAAUUUUAAUUAGCGUCGUGUUUUUCACACUCAUUUAUAACAACUUUUGGACGGUACACGCAGCACGCGCCCGCAAACGCAUCAUCAGAAUAAUAUAAAACCGUAUCGAUUUCGUAUUUAUUUAUUUAUUUAUUGUUUUUUUAGUAAAUUUUCUUUCAAAACUACACCGGUCGCGUUCGACCGCGUACGGUAUAAUAUAAUAAAUAGAAUUUUUAAAUUUUGCGACGGCGAUUUCGACAAGGUUUUAAUAGCUGCAACGCCGUCGUCAGCAGUCAGCAGAGAUCCGGCCGGAACCGAACACAGACCGCUCCACGUGUCUUACCGGUACGCCACCGGCAGAGGGCGCGGUUCACGCAGCCCGACGGCGACGACGAUCAUCACCACCACCACCACCACCACCGCCACCGACGAGACCCAACGACAGUCGGUGUCGUUUUUUUUUCGAAUAUAAUAAUAAUAUAAUAUAAUAUAAUACCUACCUAAACGAAUUAUUUGUUUCGCGUGUCUACGUCGAAAUCUCGUAAUCACAUCGUACACACGCACAGGCGCUGCGCACGCCCGCACACCUCACACCAACACUAGCGCACGCGCACGCACACAAGCGCGAAACCGGUAUGUCAGCUGUGGCGGCAGUGGCGGCGGCGUCGGCGGCGGCGACCGCGACGGACGACCCGGACGGAUACGAAGCCGGCAGUCAGGAGGACGACAUGGGAGCCGCCGAACGGGACUUGGCCGAGGACGCGCGCUGGAAGCUUAUCCAGCAGAACACGUUUACCCGGUGGGCCAACGAACACCUGAAGACGGCCGGUAAGGCCAUCGGCAAUCUGGAAACGGACUUGGGCGACGGGCUCCGGUUGAUCGCACUCAUCGAGGUGCUCAGCGGCAAGCGAUUGCCCAAGCACAACAAACGGCCCACGUUCCGGUCGCAGAAGCUGGAGAACGUGUCCGUGGCGCUCAAGUUCCUCGACGACGAGAACAUAAAGCUGGUCAACAUAGAUUCUUCCGAUAUUGUUGAUUGCAAAUUGAAAUUGAUUUUGGGAUUAAUAUGGACGUUGAUUUUACAUUACUCUAUAUCGAUGCCAAUGUGGGAUGGCGAAUUUGGUGGCGAGCAAGUACCAAACGAAAAAGGACCGACACCGAAACAAAGAUUGCUGAACUGGAUCCAAAGUAAGGUACCCGAUAUACCAAUUUCGAAUUUCACUACAGAUUGGAAUGAUGGAAAGGCCGUCGGUGCUUUGGUCGACGCCGUCGCUCCAGGCUUGUGUCCGGACUGGCAGGAUUGGAAAUCCAAUAACGCACUUAAGAAUGCAUCGGAAGCUAUGGGCUUGGCUGACGAUUGGCUCAACAUAAAACAACUCAUUAAACCUGAAGAAUUGGUCAGUCCCAACAUGGACGAACAAUCCAUGAUGACCUAUCUAUCUCAGUAUCCAAACGCCAAGUUGAAACAAGGAGCACCGAUUAGAUCGAAAACCAACCCAAGCCGCGUUCGCGUUUAUGGUCCCGGAAUCGAACCCUCUGGGCCAGUUGUAGGAGCCAAAACGAAUUUCACUGUCGAAACGUUUUCCGCUGGCAAAGGCACAGUUAACGUGACUGUAGAAAAUCCCAAAGGCAAAGCUGAACCGGUUGAUUUGGUUUUCAACAAUGACCGAAGUCAAACUUACACAGCUACAUACAAGCCGGUCGUCGAAGGACCACACAAAGUACAUGUGAACUUUUCUGGCGUUCCGACUCCAAAAUCUCCGUAUCACGUUAACGUGGAUGCAUCGGCUGGCGAUCCAAACAAAGUUAAUGUCUUCGGACCUGGUAUACAGCCCGAAGGUGUGUUCACGAGCAGACCUACUUAUUUCGAAAUACAUACAAAAGAUGCCGGAAAAGGUGUUCCUGAGGUAAUAAUUCUCGAUCCUGCUGGCCGAGAAAACACGAUACCGGUGAAACUCAAGAAAGAACCUAAUGGAGUAUAUAUAUGCGAUUACACACCGGUCGUCCAGGGAGUGCACUCUGUUAAUGUUUUCUUCGCAAAUCAACCUGUGCCGCUGAGCCCAUUCGCUGUCGGCGUAUCGAAUGCAUCGGAUGCUAAACGCGUAAGGGCCUUUGGACGUGGUAUACAACCACAUGGUCUCAGAGUCCAAGAUGAAGCUAAAUUCAAAAUUGUCACAGACGGAGCAGGCGAAGAAGUUCCCGAAGUGAACGUAAUCGGACCGGGCGGAGUCAAAGAACCUGUAAACAUGAAAAAACUCGACGCACAUACUUAUGAAGCAACAUACUAUCCAAGGAAAGUUGGACGGCAUGUGGUGAUGGUGACCUUUGGAGGAGUGGAAAUUCCAAAAGCACCGUUUGAAGUACACGUCAAGCCAUUUAAAGAGACUUUGAUUCGUGCUUAUGGUCCUGGACUUACUGGUGGUGUAGUUUCGCAUCCAGCGAUGUUUACGGUUGAAACUAACGGAGAAACUGGUUCACUAGGAUUCAGUAUUGAAGGACCAUCAAAAGCAAAAAUCGAUUGUCAGGACAACGGCGACGGAUCAGCGGAUGUCAGGUACUACCCGAUGGCGCCAGGAGAAUAUGCUGUGCAUAUAUUAUGCGAUAACGAAGACAUACCGAAGUCGCCAUACAUCGCGAAUGUCGUACCUAGUACGGAUUUCUAUCCCGACAAAGUGAAUUGUUACGGUAGUGGACUGCAACCGAACGGUGUCAUACAAGGAAAGCCAGCUGAAUUUGUCGUGGACACAAAAAAAGCUGGGGUAGCUCCACUCGACGUAAAGGUCAUCGAUUCAAAUGGCAACUUUGUUGAACCCGUUUUGAAAGACAAUAGAGACGGUACAUUUUCUUGCAAAUAUGUUCCGAAAGCGAUCGGUAAACAUACGCUACAGGUCAGUUACGGAGGUGUUGCCGUACCACAAAGUCCAUUCCGCGUUUUCGUGUCACAGCCAUUGAACGCGAACAAAGUACAAAUAUUUGGACCCGGUAUCGAAUCCGGUGUCAAGACCAAUAAACCCAAUCAUUUCACAAUCGAUUGUUCCGAUGCUGGAAUCGGCGAGUUAAAUGUAAAUCUGGUCAACGAAAAAGGAGUCAACGUGCCAUUGCAGGUCAACGACAACGAAGACGGUUCGUUCCUUAUUGACUACGUUCCGACCACUUCAGGUGUUCAUAAUUUGAAUUGUACUUAUGGCGGAGUCAAAGUGCCUAAUUGUCCGAUCAAGAUUGUUGUACAAUCUCCGGUGGAUUUGUCUAAAGUCAAAGUGGAUGGUCUCGAAACGCGCGUUUUCUUGGGAUCGCCGACAGACUUUUCUGUGGAUUCGCGAGCCGUCGCCAAAUACGGCCAAGGGGUUAUUACGUGUACGGUGACUAAUCCAUCUGGCAGCCGGACCGAAACGUUCAUAACGCCUCAAAGCAACGGAACAUAUAAAAUCAGUUACACCCCGUUCGAAGAAGGGCCACACACCAUUGACAUUUAUUACGAUGGGGCGCCCAUAGUUGGCUCACCGUUUUCCGUGAACGUGAAAAGAGGAACUGACGCCAGCAAGUGCAGAGCGUUCGGACCGGGUCUGACCAAAGGAGUAAUCAACAAAGUCAACGCUUUUACCGUCGAAACAAAAGGUGCUGGUACUGGAAGCUUAGGUUUGGCCAUCGAAGGACCGUCUGAGGCAAAAAUGACUUGCAAAGACAAUCGCGACGGUUCAUGUUCGGUAGAAUAUACACCUACAGAAUCUGGUGAUUACGAUGUGAGCAUUCAGUUUGCUGAGAAACAUAUUCCUGGAUCACCAUUUAAGGUUACAGUCGACCGUCCUGCAUCUGUGAAUGAUAUCAAGGUGACCGGACCAGGCAUUAAUCCGAAGUAUUGUAGGGCCAACACGCCCAUCACGUUCAAAGUGGACGCUACAAAAUCUGCUAAAGGAAAUUUAGAUGUAAAAAUGGUAACCGAUAAAGGUCCGUUACAACAGAAACCGAUUAUUCGAGACAAUGAAGACGGGACCUACGACGUAACUUACACACCUAAUCCAGAAGGAGCUCUACUCACAGCCAACGUAUUGUACAACGGACAUCAAGUACCAGACAGCCCUUUCAAGCUUAGAGUUCGGCCUAAAUUCGAAUUGGAUAAAAUCAAGAUCGAAGGCCCCGGGGUUUCUGACUCUCGAGGUGUUAAAGCUUCAGUUCCCACGUAUUUCGUUGUGGACGCCACUGACGCGGGUUCUGGAAAACUGGACUUGAGAAUUAUGGGACCUGAUGGUUUUCCUAGACCGGUAGAUAUCGAAAAGAAAGAUAAUUUGUACAAAAUCAAGUAUACUCCGGAUGACUGUGGUCGGUACACGAUUGAUAUGUUAUAUGACGGCAAACCGUUACCGCAAUCGCCGAUCCACGUACAGUCGUACUCCACUGGAAAUGCGGACAAUUGUCGUAUCAUGGGGAACAUAGAGAACCGAAUACUGACGGGUAAAAACCACAGCAUCAUCGUGAACGCCAGGAACUGCGGCGACGGGAACGUGACAUGCCGAAUAAGACCGGUGGACGGGCAUUACUUUGUAAACACAGAAGUUGUACCGAAAAAUGAUGGCACGUACGUUGUCAACUAUUCGAUCAAAGAGCCUGGGGACUACACGUUGACGAUGAAGUACGGCGGUCAGCCGGUCAAGGACGGGUUUUACAAAUUAACGGCCACCGAAGGAACGGUCGGAGUAAAACGGUUGCCCAGAGACUUUGCCGAGCAACUGCGCUUCGACGAGUACGCGCAACAGACGACCACCACCACCUCGACAACCACCUCAACCAACACCAACGACUAUAGGCCCGUGUCUUUGGACAAGAUACCGGUACCUUCGUGCGGUGGACAUUUGACAGCUGAUAUUACAAUGCCGAGUGGUAAACGAGAUCAACCGUCCGUCGAGGAUAAUCACGAUGGAACUGUCUCGCUUAAAUACGAUCCCAAGGAAGAAGGCUUGCAUGAGUUAUUCGUUAAAUACAAUGGAGAAAACGUUCAAGGUUCGCCGUUCAAAUUCCAUGUCGACUCAAUCACCAGUGGACACAUAACAGCGUAUGGACCGGGACUUACGCACGGUGUCAGCGGAGAACCAUCGGACUUUACUAUAUACACGAAAGGAGCCGGAGCCGGCGGUCUUUCGUUGGCCGUGGAAGGUCCCAGCAAGGCUGACAUCAGUUGCCACGACAACAAGGAUGGUACAGUGUCCGUCACGUACCUGCCGACAGCGCCAGGUGAAUACAGGAUUUCUGUCAAGUUCGGCGACAAGCACAUCAAAGGAAGCCCGUACAAUUCAAAAGUUACAGGCGAGGGUCGAAAGAGGAACCAGAUAUCCGUGGGCUCAUGCAGCGAGGUAUCGUUGCCCGGCAAAGUGCUUGACAAGGACUUCCGGCUGUUGAACGCGUCGAUCCAAGCGCCAAGUGGUCUGGAAGAACCUUGUUUCUUGAAACGCCUGCCUAACGGAAACUUAGGUAUAUCGUUCACGCCGAGAGAAAUCGGCCAGCACGUGGUGUCUGUGAAAAGAAUGGGCCAACACAUUGUCAACUCACCGUUUAAAAUAACUGUAGGUGAGCGAGAAGUUGGCGACGCGAAAAAGGUCAAAGUUAGUGGCACGGGAUUAAAAGAAGGCAAAACACAUAUAGAGAAUUUAUUCACUGUGGACACGAGAAGCGCUGGUUAUGGUGGAUUAUCGCUUUCUAUAGAAGGUCCUAGCAAAGCAGAAAUCCAGUGUAAGGACAAUGAAGACGGUACAUUGAACAUUUCAUACAGGCCCACGGAACCGGGAUACUAUAUUGUGAAUCUGAAGUUUGCCGACCACCACGUCGAUGGUUCGCCAUUUACCGUUAAAGUCACUGGCGAAGGAAGCAACUGUCAACGCGAAAAAAUUGAACGUAGGCGGGAAGCCGUACCUCUCACCGAGGUGGGCAGCAACUGCAAACUUACGUUCAAGAUGCCGGGUGUGUUGCCAUAUGAUUUAUCGUCGACGGUGACAUCACCGAAUGGCAUCACGGAAGAUGCCGAAAUCAACGAAAUCGAAGAUGGACUUUAUGCAGUUCAUUUUGUACCAAAAGAAUUAGGCGUGCACACAGUGUCUGUCCGUUAUAAGGAAGUUCACAUACCGGGAUCGCCGUUCCAAUUUACCGUCGGUCCUUUGAGCGAUGGUGGAGCUCAUCGCGUACACGCUGGAGGUUCUGGUUUGGAACGCGGUGAACAAGGGCAACCGUGCGAGUUUAAUGUGUGGACUAGGGAAGCCGGACCGGGUUCACUAGCCAUAUCAGUCGAAGGUCCUAGCAAAGCGGAAAUUGAUUUCAAAGACCGCAAAGAUGGCUCAUGUUAUGUCAGUUACGUCGUAGGUGAACCAGGAGAAUACCGAAUCGGCAUUAAGUUUAACGAUCAACACAUACCUGACUCGCCUUACAAGCUGUUUAUAUCGCCAGCGAUGGGUGACGCGCACAAGCUUGAAGUGGCGCAAUUUCCAACGUCUGGAGUCCAAGCCGAUUACCCCGCACAAUUCAUUGUUCGUAAAAACGGUGCUGUUGGUCAACUCGACGCGAAGGUAGUGUCGCCAUCUGGAACUGAAGACGACUGCUUCAUCCAAUCAAUCGAUCAAGACAUGUACUCUGUUCGUUUCAUGCCCCGCGAUAAUGGCGUUCACAACAUACACGUCAAAUUCAACGGGGUUCACAUUCCAGGAUCGCCGUACCGCCUAAAGGUUGGCAAAGGAGACGCUGACCCAGCUGCCGUACAUGCCACUGGCAGUGGUUUGGGAGACGUCAAGACAGGACACAAGACGGAUUUCAUUGUGGAUACUUGCAACGCGGGUGCUGGUACAUUGGCUGUAACCAUAGACGGACCAAGUAAGGUUUCUAUGGACUGUACCGAAGUCGAAGAAGGCUAUAAAGUCAGGUAUACGCCUUUGGUGCCAGGCGAAUAUUACAUCAGUUUGAAAUACAACGGAUAUCAUAUUGUCGGUUCACCGUUCAAAGUCACUUGUACUGGUGAGGAUUUGGCUGAGCGCGGACCACAAGAAACAAGCUCGGUGGUUGUGGAAACCGUACACAAAGUGUCUAAAGCUCACAAGGGUGGAGCCGGUGUUGUUCUGCCGCAUUUCAAGUCUAACGCUUCACUUGUUACAAGCAAAGGAAUGGGUUUGAAGAAAGCGUAUGUGGGCAAACAAAAUCUAUUCAGUAUAAGUGCUACUGAUGCCGGCAACAAUAUAUUAUUUGUUGGUAUUUAUGGACCAAAGGGACCGUGUGAGGAGAUAUUUAUCAAACACAUGAAACAGAAUAACUAUCAAGUGAGCUAUAUUGUCCGAGAACGUGGCGAAUACAUUCUACUGAUCAAAUGGGGUGAUGAUCACAUACCCGGCUCACCGUUUAAAAUAGAAACUUAAAUUUAAAGGAAAAAAAAAAUAACAACAAAUGUUUUGAAGCUAGACAUCGAUCUAAUCAAUCUAUGGUAUGGACAAGUGACCUCAUAUCAUUAUCAUUACCAUAAUCACAAAUAAAAAAAAAAAACAAGAAACAGGUGUCCGUCGGAAUAAAA